CAAACUCCCCCCACGCCAAGUCCUCCCCGUCUUCCCCCAUCCGAACGUUGCCACCCGGUCCCAGCUCUCCGUUCCCCACCCAAGGACGUUACGUCUCCUCACCGUUCCCGCCGCCGCCGCCCCCGCCCCCGCCCCCGCCCCCCUGUCCAAGCGCAAACCAUCUGGUGUACGUGCACCGCCGCCUCACCUUGCCCCACGAUCGAUCCCGAGUUCUCGACCUCGCUCGUGCGCACGUGAUGGUGCGGCGCGGGGCGGCUGCGGUGGCGGCGGCGGCGCGCGAGGAGGAGGAGUCGCCGGCGCAGAGGCUCAUCGAGGCCGCGCUGCGCGGGGACGCGGGGGCCGUGGAGGCGUGCCUGCAGGCGGACGCGGACGUGCCCGCCGCGAGCCGCGUCGGGGUGGCGCGCCUGCGCGUGAGGUCUGCGGACGUGGCGCUGCGGGAGGAGGCGCCCGGUGAGGUGGUCGUGGAGGAGAGGGAACUGAAGACCGACGUCUCGCCGCUCGUCGCCGCGGCGCACGCCGGGCAAGCCGGCAUCGUCCGUGCCCUCCUGGAGGCUGGAGCUGACGUUAAUCAGAAGUUAUUCCUAGGUUAUGCAACAACAGCUGCUGCACGUGCGGGAAACAUUGAUAUUCUAGAAAUGCUUAUGCUGGCGGGAGCCACCCAGGAACCUUGUGAAGAUGCACUAUCAGAAGCUAGUCUUUUUGGUGAGACUGAAGCAGUUCGAAUCCUAGUUUCUUCAGAGGUACUUGGUUCUGAAGCUGUGGCCCGUGCAUUAGUGACUUCUGCUUCAAGGGGCUUUGAUGAUAUAGUGGUCAUAUUACUCCAGAAUGGAGCUGAUGUUAACUGCAUGGCUCGGGUUCUCUUGAGGUCUGUUAAGCCUGCGCUCCAUGCUAAUGUGGACUGCACACCAAUAGUGGCAGCAAUUAUAAGUCGGCAAAUUUCAAUUGUAAAACUUUUGAUAGAGGAAGGUUCUUACUUGGACUCUCUUGUGCAAGUUGGUUCUUGGUGUUGGGAUCCUGUGUUGGGUGAAGAACUUCGUGUAGGUACAUGCCUUGGUGAACAUUACAACGCUAUUUGGUGUGCAGUAGAAUACUACGAAUCCAGUGGUGAAAUUCUCAAGCUACUGCUUGAUAGAGCUCCUUGGUUGUUGGAAUCACCAAAAAAUGGUCGAAAUCUUCUGUGCCAUGCCAUACUCUGUCAGAACCCGAAAGCAGUAAGUUUGCUUCUGCAUUGUGGCGCGAAUCCUAGAUUUCCCAUCAUGACAGUUGGUGGACAUGUUUCCUAUCCUAUGCAUUUGGCGGCAAGGUUGGGUUAUGCGCAAGUAUUGAAACAGCUUAUGGUACAUGGAGCAGAUGUGAACGCAAAAACCUCUGCUGGGGGUACUCCUCUCAUGGUCUCUGCAAGGGCUGGUCAUCCUGACUGUUUCCUGGAGUUGAUAAAAUUUGGAGCUGACCUUGGGAUAGUCAACCAUGAAGGAGAUACAGCAAUUAUGAUAGCUGAUCGGAGUUCAUUUCACUUCUCAGCUGUCGACAUUCUCAUGAGAACAUUGAACUGUGGAGCAGGCCUUAUUUCAUCUGACAUGACUCUCUUCUCACCGUUACACUUCUUUGCCAGAAGUGGGCGUGCAGAACCUCUUCUAAUGAUGCUACAUCAGUCAGCUUCAGAUUUAAACAAGCUUGAUGGUUCAGGGCUCACUCCUGUUAUGGUUGCUGCCGAGUCAGGUCAUGUUGAUAUUUUUAGGAUUUUAGUCAUGGCGGGGGCAGAUAUCACAAUCAGAAAUGGAGAAGGGAAAUCUCUUAUGUCAAUUAUUCGACAAAAAUCUUCAGAGACUAGAGAUUGCUUUGAACAGAUCUUGCUCCAAGCUUCACUUACCACCACACUCACUGGCCAAACAUCAUUCCGGCCUCUGCAUUACGCAGCUCGAAUCGGCGACAAGUCAUCUUUACUGCAACUUCUAAAAAUGGGCUACGAUCCCAAUUCACUGGAUGAAGAUGACUGCACCCCUCUGAUGCAUGCAGCUGCUUCCGGCAGGCUAGACUCGUGCAAAAUAUUGGUAUCACAAGGAGGGGCAGAUUACAGCCUUGUGAAUGAAAGAAAUGAAACAGCCCUGUCGUUAGUAAGGAAGAGCAGUAGAUCGAGCAAAGCAACAGAAGAGUGGUUGCUAGAUCAACUUUCCCAUGCUCAUGUUCUUGUUGGGGAGGAGCUGAUGAAACACACAAGAGAAGGGAAGGGCUCACCACACCAAAAGACUGUGCGCAUGACAAAUUCUGGAGUGCUGACAUGGGGAACCGCUCGCAAAAGGAAUGUGACAUGCAAAGAGGCAAGAUUUGGGCCAACUACGAGCUUCACCAAGAACAGGAGCACGGACAGAUCUGCGCAGCAGUUGAUCUUUCUGGUUGAGACGGUGACAGGCAGAGAGGUCCAUUUUGAGGCCAGUUGUGCUUCCAGUGUGGAAUUCUGGGUUAGAGGGAUCAAUCUCAUUGUAAAAGAGUCCACAAGGUCAAGGCUGGAUAAAGAGGCAGUGGGAGUGGAACAAACAGCGUAGCCAGUCUUCAUGAAGCGCGGCCUUGGGAUUCGUAGUGUGUGUGUACAUUUUGCUCUUCUCUAAAAAAAAAGUAUAUUCUUUUAUAUUACACAGUACCGCUUAGACACUUUUUGAUCUGCAAGUUAAUAGCUCAUAUUUUAAGUUUGUAAGUUAAUAACAUAUUUAUUAGGGAUUGCUAAGGGUGAAAAUAACAUAUUUAUCAAGUCCCGUCAUCAUGCUUGGGCUGUCGAUUUAGGAUGUAAGUUUGGGAAUCCGAAUCUGAAAUACAUUAUUUAUCUGCGAGUGUAUACAAAUGCUAUUAUCUAUGGUGAUUUAUUCUUGUUGGAAA